GACAAGUUUUCGCUUGAAAACAGUACAAGACUCGUAAUUGAAAGCGAGUUCCCGAUUUUAAGUGAAAUUUCACAGGAAAUUCGAGGAUUAUCAAUUAAUUUAAGGUUUCGCGUUGUUGUUGUCGUCUAAGCACAAGGUCAUGGUUGCGGAUGAAAAUAAAGCGCCCGCUGAGGGAGGCACGGAGACCCAAAGUAAGAAAGCUGCGAAGAAACAGGCGAAAGAAGCACAAAAAGCUGCCAAAAAGGAGUCUAAAGCAGCAGCUAAUGCCGCAAAUGAGCCUCAAGAUGACUCUCCGGAUGUGUCUGUGGGCAAAUAUGGCGUUGCAAAGAUGAUUCAGAGCGACAAUUUGCACAAAGAACGCGUUUUCGUGAAAGUAACUGAACUUCAAAAGUACUUAAAUAAGGACAACAUUUGGGUACGAGGUCGUAUUCACACGUCACGAUGCAAAGGCAAACAAUGUUUCUUGGUUUUGCGUCAACAAAGUGCCACAGUUCAAUGUGUCUUGAACGUGAACGAGUCAAUUUCCAAACAAAUGGUCAAAUUUGCCGGCAGCGUUUCGAAAGAGAGCAUCAUCGAUUUGAAAGUGAAAGUUGUGAGUGUGCCAACGAAGGUAGAAUUUUGCACAGAAAAGGAAAUUGAACUCUUGCCGAGCGAAAUUUUCGUUGUUUCGACGGCGAAAUCGAGUUUGCCGUUACAAAUCGAAGACGCGUCACGUCCCGAAAAGUCAAAUGACCCGAAUGCUUUGCAAAUUCGCGUGAAUCAGGACACUCGUUUGGAUAAUCGUGUCUUGGAUUUGCGUACGCCAGCGAAUCAAGCGAUUUUCCGUUUAGAAGCCGGCGUGUGUAAACUUUUCCGUGACAUUCUAACAGCUCGGGGAUUCGUUGAGAUCCAUACUCCGAAAAUUAUUUCAGCUGCAAGUGAGGGAGGAGCAAAUGUCUUUACCGUUAGUUACUUCAAGGACUCUGCUUAUUUGGCACAAUCGCCUCAAUUGUACAAACAAAUGGCAAUCGCGGGCGAUUUCGACAAAGUUUUCACAGUUGGAGCGGUUUUUCGUGCCGAAGAUUCGAACACGCAUCGUCAUUUAACCGAAUUUGUGGGUCUCGAUUUGGAAAUGGCCUUUAAGUAUCAUUAUCAUGAAGUGCUCGAUACCAUCGGAGAUACCUUCACGGAGAUGUUCAAAGGGUUGCGGGACAAUUUCGCGGCGGAAAUUAAUGCUGUGGGACAACAAUUCAACGUUGAACCGUUUAAAUUCCUCGAACCUCCAUUGAAAUUGGAAUUCCGUCAAGCAGUGAAGAUGUUGAGAGAAGCAGGCGUCGAAAUGGGCGAUGAAGAAGAUUUAUCAACCCCGAGCGAAAAGUUGCUUGGAAGAUUGGUAAAGGCGAAAUACGAUACUGACUUUUAUAUUUUGGAUAAAUUCCCGCUCGCUGUUCGUCCUUUUUAUACGAUGCCUGAUCCAAAUAAUCCAAAAUAUUCCAAUUCGUACGACAUGUUCAUGCGAGGCGAGGAAAUUCUGUCGGGAGCUCAACGUAUUCACGAUCCUGAUUACUUGACUGAACGCGCGAAUCAUCAUGGAGUUGAUACAUCGAAAAUUGCUGCGUAUAUCGAAGCCUUCAGAUUAGGAUGUCCCCCUCAUGGAGGCGGCGGAAUCGGUUUAGAACGUGUUGUCAUGUUGUAUCUUGGCUUAGAUAACAUCCGAAAGACUUCCAUGUUCCCACGUGAUCCAAAACGUUUGACGCCUUAAAAAGUUUUCCGCACUAAAAAAGACUCAAUGGCAAAUUGGUUCAAAUCAAAGUAAUCGUAAUAAAAUCAUUAAAUGAUAACUUGCUAAAAAACGAA